UGGAAACGGCAAACCCCCCAGACCAAGAAUCACCGAAAAGAGCCAAAGUUGCAGAGGAUAGUUCAAGUUCUAAUAACAAGUUGGUCGGAUUUUUGAAGUAUUCUACUUCAUUAGUGGGAAGCUUCGGUUCAUCCGCAGCACAGCCCCCUGUACCUAAUGAUCUUCCCCAAAAAGACGGUGAUGGUGAUGAUAACAAAAAAAAUUAUGCCGAAGAAAGUGAUAGCGAAGAAAGUUAUACCGAAGAAGUAGUAGCUUUUGGAACCGUUGCAAGGACUGAACAAGAAG